AUGCAAAAAUUAUCUCUCGUAGUAAUUCUAUCGUUUUUUUCCUUCUCGCUUCUCUCUGUUAAAGUUGGAGCGGUAGAUAGUGCGACUUGUUCCGCAUAUUGGGAGCCAUACAAAAAGAAUGCGACUGAUUGCGAUACACUUUAUCCCAAUAAAAAAGAUACCCCAACAUGUUCAUGUUCUCAAGAUUACGUUGACGCAUAUACUUGCUAUUUCCUCUGCGAUCAAAACUCUGUUAAUCCUAAUAAAUUUUCUGGGCCUCAAGAUGUAUUGGAUGAUUGUGCCAAGAUGAACUACACCGGAUUGACUGUUCCUUCCGAACCAAAUUGUCCAAGCAGUCUCGGAAUUCCAUCAACAGCUACUGUUACCUCAACCUCAAAAGUUCCUAGCGAUACGAUCCAACAUAGCACUCCAUCCACGGCUUAA